CUGUCCGAGUCAUCUCUAUUUCCUUGUAUUUAUUCCUUACUAAUAAUUCGGUUUAUCUUCGGAACUCAGAAGCCCUAGUUCUUCUCUAGCCAAUACCUGAAGCGAAAGUAUUUGGAGUCUUCGGCUCGGAGCAAAUGACCGGGAAUCUUUCAAAACUGUAGCCGGUAAAGCUCAUAUCCGGAUAGAAAUGGAGGCUCUGGCCGAGGGACUUUGGGGUCUCGCCGAUAAUCACGAGAACAAAGGAGAGAUUGGGAAGGCAGUAAAGUGCCUCGAAGCCAUUUGUCAGAGCCAAGUAUCGUUCCUGCCCAUCGUCGAAAUUAAGACUCGCCUCCGCAUAGCGACGCUUCUUCUGAAGCACACCAACAAUGUUAAUCACGCUAAAUCUCAUCUCGAACGUUCGCAAUUGCUUUUGAAGUCAAUUCCUUCAUGCUUUGAACUGAAGUGUAGAGCGUAUAGCUUGUUGAGCCAGUGCUAUCAUCUUGUGGGUGCCAUCCCUCCACAAAAACAGAUCUUAAACAAGGGUCUUGAGCUGACAGCAUCAUCUGGAGAUGGGCUUGCAGUGAAAUUAUGGUCCUGUAAUUUCAAUUCACAGCUUGCAAAUGCUUUAAUAAUUGAAGGUGAUUAUCGGAAUUCAAUAUCUGCUUUAGAACGUGGAUAUGAGUGUGCCACAGAAAUACGCUAUCCAGAGCUUCAGAUGUUUUUUGCAACUUCUAUUUUGCAUGUGCAUUUCAUGCAAUGGGAUGAUGUAAAUUCGGUUGAAAGAGCUGUUGAAAAAUGUGAUGAGGUCUGGGAGUGUAUCAAUCCAGAUAAAAGACAGCAGUGCCUUGGUUUGUUCUUUUACAAUGAGCUUCUACAUACUUUCUAUCGACUCAGGAUAUGCGACUACAAAAAUGCAUCACAACACAUUGACAAAUUGGAUGCUGCUAUGAAGGAUGAAUUACAGCAGGUGCAACGUGUCGAGGAAUUGACUGGAGAACUUAAUGCCAUAAAUCUGAGUCUGUCCCGCUCUGGCCUACAUCACAAGGAAAGAUCAGCACUAUGCCAAAAACAAGCUCAAAUUGAAGAGCAGCUGAGUCAUGUUACUAGAUUCAGUUCAACUGGAAAAGUUUCUUUGGAACCAUCAUAUUUUGGAAAUGCGAGAAGAGCAUGGGAAGAUAAGCUAGCACUGGCACCGCCUCCAAUAGACGGUGAAUGGCUACCUAAAGGUGCUGUAUAUGCUCUAGUUGAUCUGAUGGUUGUCAUUUCUGGGCGUCCUAAAGGGUCAUAUAAGGAGUGUGGAAGGCGGAUACAAUCUGGACUACAUGCUAUCCAUGUGGAGCUGUUGCAACUUGGAAUCACUGAUGGUGUGACUGAGGUGGAUUUGCAACACUCAGCUAUCUGGAUGGCUGGUGUGUAUUUGAUGAUUCUAAUGCAAUUCCUCGAAAACAAAGUUGCUAUGUCUCUGACACGAGCAGAAUUUGUUGAAGCUCAAGAGGCAUUGGUGCAGAUGAAAAAUUGGCUUGUUAGCUUUCCAACAAUAUUACAGGGAUGUGAGAGCAUUUUUGAGAUUCUUAGGGGACAGUAUGCUCAUUCCCUGGGUUGUUUUAGUGAAGCAGCUUUUCAUUUUACUGAAGCAGCAAAGCUAACAGAGAGUAAAUCACUGCAAGCUAUGUGCCAAGUCUAUGCAGCUGUCUCUUAUAUCUGCAUUGGUGAUGCUGAAUCCUCUUCCCAGGCGCUGGAUUUAAUUGGACCAGUUUACAGAAUAAUGGAUUCUUUUGACGGAGUACGAGAGAAAACUGCUGUUCUUUUUGCGUAUGGCCUUCUACUGAUGAAGCAACAUAACCUACAAGAAGCACGAACUCUGAAAUGCAGAAUUCGGCUGGCUAGUGGGCUGAGGAUCACACAUCAACAUUUGGGGAAUAUUCAACUUGUUUCACAGUAUUUGACAAUCCUUGGGAGUUUGGCACUUGCCCUGCAUGACACUGGACAAGCCAGAGAGAUUCUGAAGUCCUCUUUGACAUUGGCAAAGUCACUUUAUGAUAUUCCUACUCAGAUAUGGGUGCUUUCAGUUUUGACAGCUUUGUAUCAAGAACUGGGUGAAAGGGGAAAUGAAAUGGCGAACUCUGAAUAUGAGAGGAAAAAAGCGGAUGAUCUACAGAAGAGGCUAGCUGAUGCUCAGUCAUCCAUACAUCACAUUGAAUUGAUUGACAAAGUAAGGGUUAAUGUUCGGCAAAAUAAUGAGCUUGACAUUAAACGUGCAAUUAAUGCGGGUUCAUCAAUGAGAUUCAAUCUGGACAUCCCAGAAUCUGUGGGUCUAUCAGCUCCGUCACCUGCUCCUUCAUCGUCAAAGCUUAUGGACAUGGAUAUAAGAAGACGUGGUAAGAGGAGAAUGUAGUUCUAAUCUUUUAUGUAUAGUUGAAAAAUAGAAAGUUAAAAUAGGUGAUUUAACUGGUGGUGCCAACACUGAUGUAAAUUCUUGGUAGGAAAUGGUAUAUUAUGGUUGCUAUAACAUGAUGUAUUUUGCCAUUGUAUAGGAAUGUAAAUUAAUUAU